AUGGUUUGGGGACUGUUCAAGAAAGAAAGCUUCUCACAGACCGCCCGUCCCGCCCAAGCUCAAAGACGAGCGGCGCAAGCACGUUCCGCCCAUUCCUCCGCGACAGUGACAGCGACGACACCAACACCACAUCUCGACAACACCAAAAGACCAAAGUCGCUCGGGAACACCGUUGGUAAAUUCGGCAUCCGCUGCGUGCUCGAAGGUUCAAGUUCUCGUUCUUGGCCCCCACGAUGGUGCAUAGCAGGUACCGACCUUAAGGGUGUCUUGUACUUCGCAGUCCAGUUCAACCAGAAUGGCAGCACACCUAUUGAAAGGGCGAGAGUCCGCAUCAGUUUCGGAAAGUCCACCAACAUUGACCCGGUACCAUGGAUCCCAGAAUACGCACCCAACAAGGAGAUUUCCGGUCCGCCAUUGAUACGCAACGAAGGCCGUAACCGACUGUUCAGCCCACAAUUCGGAGUCAACGCUGCUAGCAUUGGUGGUAAUCUCAGUAUAGGUGAGAUGGGAAGCAACGCACAGUCUAGUCCCGGUCGAAGCUGGAAAUUCACUUCUGGGUUCCCUUCUACCGAUAGCACGGAUGUGACUGAGGUGGGAUUCGAGUGGACUCGCGGCUGGGACAACGACUACGAUGGUCUUAAUCGUAAGUUCCAAACGGCGAUCGUCGUCAACCGCGACUCGAUUGACAGCCUGGCUAUGGCUGUGCAGGUGGAAGUGAAGCCAAUGACAGGGUGGAGGACGCCUGGUCCCCCACCAGAGAAGAAGAGCGGACCGCUGCAGCCUCUUCAUAACCUGGAUGAAGUCUCAUUUGAAGGAGUGUUGGACAGUCUUGAAGAUCGAAUCCAGGAGGCUAACCAGCCUGCGGCUCCCAGUGCGACCACGACAACGACGACGACGACAGCGGGUCCGGCAGACCCUGGGGCAGCCCCUCCGCAACCUCUACAAAUACAAUUCACGACAGGCGUUCAGGCUCCUCUUCCACAGCAGCCCAUAGCCGGCUCCUCCAGCACAAGUGUACCCGCUCUCCAGCAAGCCAUACCAUCCGUUCCAGGCUCGGCAGGACGACCCCCAGCUAGCCCGUCCCCACAGCCGCAACAAUCUCCAGCACCACCGCCUCCUGCGGCAACCACACCUGCUGGCUCCUCGACGCCCCCAAGCAUCCCCAUACCGCCUGCAGCAGUACCACUCCCGGCCCAGCCGAGCGGCAACACCACAGCAACGAUACCAUGA